AACCUCUACGAGCCGGAACCUCGGCAUAGAGGGGACGGGAGUAAAAAUUCCCACUCGCGUUUCUCAUUGGCGUGUGAUUAUCCGUGCUCACCUUAAUAACAAGGGCGCUUGUGAUUUGUCUGAACGCUUCUUGGAUAGCUACCACCACCACUACCUCUUUAUCUGCUCAAUAAUGUCCUCCGCAAGAGCCAAAAUACUCGAGAAACACGAUGACGACGUAGUUAUCGUCUCAGCUAUUCGUUCUGCUUUGACCAAAUCGAAGAAAGGCGGCUUCAAAGAUACACGACCAGAAGAAAUUCUCAUGAAUGUUCUCAAGCACACAUACACUUCAACCAACCUCGACCCGGCACUUAUCGAGGAUAUUGUUGUGGGUAAUGUCCUUCCACCGUCUGGAGGAGCUAGUGCAGCACGUAUGGCCGCUAUUGCCGCCGGAAUUCCGAUUGCUACACCUAUCACUACGGUAAAUAGACAGUGCUCAAGUGGGCUUACGGCUGUCAGCCAAAUCGCGAAUGGUAUCAAGUCCGGCCAGAUUGAUAUUGGUAUUGGUGCUGGUGUGGAAUCCAUGACAUUUGGUUACGGCGCAGGCGCAAUGCCAGACGGCUACUCUGACCUAGUCCUCGAAACCCAAGAAGCAGAAGAUUGUCUUAUCCCAAUGGGUAUAACCUCUGAAAACGUCGCUGCUGACUACAACAUAUCCCGGGAAGCCCAAGACACCUUCGCCGCCCUUUCCUUCCAAAAAGCCGCCGCAGCCCAAAAAGCUCACCUCUUUGACCCAGAGAUCCUCCCUAUCCGAGUUAAACAGGUUUCUCCUGAUGGCGGCAAACAGUUCCUUGUCGACGCAGAUGAUGGGAUUAGAGACGGGGUUACCGUACAGAGUCUGGGGAAACUGAAGCCUGCGUUCAAGAAGGAUGGAUCGACACAUGCGGGGAAUGCCAGUCAGGUUUCGGAUGGAGCUGCCGCGGUGCUUUUGGCGAGGAGGAGCGUUGCGAAGAAGCUUGGGUUGCCGAUUGUGGGUAAGUUUGUUGGCGCGCAGGCUGUCGGGGUUCCGCCGAGAAUUAUGGGUGUCGGACCCGCGUAUGCUAUUCCACAUGUUCUCAAGAAAACCGGUCUCGAAAUGUCCGAUAUCGAUUUCUUCGAGAUCAACGAGGCGUUUGCAUCGCAAGCACUGUUUUGCUGUGAGCAACUAGGCAUUCCGUGGAAGGAAGCCGGCUUAAUGGGGAAGGUCAACCGAUGGGGAGGUGCGAUCGCUAUUGGGCAUCCUCUUGGCUGUACCGGUGCUCGACAAAUCGCCACGGGUCUCAACAUUGCCAAGCACGAUAACGAGAAAGUGUUCGUGACGAGUAUGUGCAUUGGUAGUGGGAUGGGAAUGGCUGGUGUCUUUGUUAAUGAGCAAUGAAAAAUCUACGUGAGUGUGGUGUGGUGAAAUGGGUUGAGUGGAUGGACUUGCAUAGCUCCGUAUCGGAUUGAUUAAUAAAUGACCAAUGUACCUAGUUAUGUAUGUAGAGCAUGUUAUCUGUAUUCCGUUGUAUCUUCUUGCU